GUCACAUUUAGAGAUCCCCAAUUGCUUGUAUAUUUUUUAUUUUUUUAUUUUUUUUUGUUUUUAAUUAUCUAUUUGUUCGUGUUGUUACAGUUUGUUACCCAUAGAAUGUUCCUCUCUCCUGAAUAAAAUCUCUAGAAUGAGUCAUCUAUCACUCGAGAAAGCUGUCGGAAAUUACAGUACAGUGGUCCAUAUGGCCAAAACAGAUCAAGUCGCUGUGUGGGAUGUUGAGUUCAUUAAAGAAUGUAUGCAUUGGUGCAUCUUCAUCGAGACUGAAAUGAGUGUCUUGACGGAAGAGCAAAGGGAAGCAACCAUUAAAAGAGCCAAACGUCAUCAUCUACAUACCGACAUGGCAACUCCCGAACAAUUACUCGAUGCUUUGCAUCAUUUCUUUUAUUUGUUACUUGACAAUACCCAUUUGAACAAUCAAGUCUAUUUAUUCAUUAUCAAAAAUUAUCAGUUUUUAAACAAACCAGAUCAACAAGGUUUAUGCAAGGAUUUGACAGAUUUAGCAAGACAGUCAGCAACGACAAACAUUUUAGAAGCAAUACUCAGAGAACUGAAUUCUACAUAGAUCCCGCAUUUCCCCACCCGUGAAAAAAAAAAAGAAAAGCCGAUAUCCACGUUUUUUGAGAAAUU